AAAAGAAAAAAAUCAUGCGCAAAAUACUCUGGUCAUACAGCUUGCAAAAAUCGCAAUAAAGUGUAUUUCACGACACACCGGAAAAAUCAAUUUCGGAGGAAGCGUUUCGGCUUUCCUACAGGUUUUCAAUUGAAUUAAGGAAAUAUCAUAUAUAUGCAACAAGAUGUUUAGUUUCAUGAAAAAAGACAAGGAACAUAAGAAGGAGAAGGAAGAAAAGAAAAAAGAAAAGAAGGAGAGAAAAGAGAAGGAAAAGAAAGACAAACACAGAGAACAUACUACACCAGAGGAACUUAACAGGUUAGAAGAAAUUAAAAGAGGUGUUUUUAAAAGAAGGAGUGACAAAAAGAAAGAUGGAGGGGUGUCUCCUGAUGAUGACGAUGGGGGUUUUCUUCAGAGGGAUAGUGAUAGUAGUACAAGUUUAGGAAGUGCUGGCAGACUUAGUCCUGGUCGUGAAAACCGAGGAAGUGGAGAUACAAAUCAAAAACAUGGCCCGCCAACUAUGCCAAAACCUAGUAUAAAAGGAAUAUUGAAAUCCAAAGGAGAUAGACAGAAUGUGUCGGAAAAUCUUGAUGAUACUGCCACAUUGAAAUCCAAUACAUUAUAUAAUGUUGAAAUGUCUGGACAUCCUGUUGAGAAUGAGAAACCAAAGGCUGCUCACAGGGGUUCCAAGGGGUCAAUAAAAGACAGGCCCCCAGAGUUUACACCUCCCCCGCCCCCAGACGAACCACCCCCAGAAAAGACAUUCAAAGCUACAUUAAAGUUACCAGAAAUAAUUCCUAGUAAACCACCUAGAGUAAGAGAAUUGGUAAUUAACAGAAGUAAAAGCGGGGGAUUUGGAUUUACACUUAGAAAAGGUACAAUUACACAGAAAGGGAGUGAUGGGAAAGAUGUUAAGCAAACAGUUAUAUUUGCCGAACCAGGAGCAGGUCAGAGUAGUUCACAUACUGGACUUAUCCCAGGUGACAGGUUAAUUGAGGUGAAUGGCGUUAACGUAGAACACACUCCACGAGAGGAGGUAAUCGAUAUGAUAAAGAAGACCGGCGAUACAGUAGUGCUAAAGGUACAGCCAAUUCCAGAGCUAGUGGAGCUUUCAGUUAGGCCAUCAGUGGAUGGGUCUUCAGUAGAGAUACAUGAUGAUCAUGUAAAAGGUGGAACCCUUAAAAGAAGCGGGAGCCUGCGAUACAAGAAAGCUCCGGCAAGAUCUGAGACUGAAGUGCAGUCAGAGAAAACAUGGAUGGAUGCAGAGCGUGUGUGGCUCGUUCACAAGGGAGGGUUUGCAUCGGCCAGUCAACUGAAAGGGGAGGGACACGGUCUGCCAGAGGGACGUGUAAAGAUUCGACUGGACCAUGGUGGAGAGAUCCUGGAGGUGGAUGAGGAUGAUGUGGAAAAGGCAAAUCCACCACAAUUGGAUAGAGCAGAAGAUCUAUCGCUGUUAAGAUAUUUAAAUGAAUCGAGCGCACUUCACACAAUACGGCAGCGAUAUGGCGGCAAUCUUAUACACACGUAUGCAGGACCAUCACUUAUUGUUGUCAAUCCAAUGCAACCAUUGCAGAUUUAUUCAGAAAAGGUUAUUCAGAUGUUCAAGGGAUGUAAACAAGAAGAUAUGCCACCACAUAUAUUUGCCUCAGCACAGAUUGCCUAUCGUGAAAUGUUGAACACUCGUCAGGAUCAGUCCAUUGUGUUCAUGGGUAGAAGUGGUAGCGGGAAAACGUACAAUGUUCAUCAUAUACUACAAUACCUUACAUUAAGUGCUGGGACAGUCAAUAAUGUUUUAACAGUGGACAAGCUGAGUGCAAUGACGAUGUUACUGGAGGCAUUUGGUAAUAGUAGGACUAUACUGAACACUAGUGCUAGCCGGUUCUCUCAGUUGACAACGUUAGAUUUCGACCAUAAUGGACAAGUAGUGUCAGCAUCGGUACAGGUACUCAUGUUUGAGAAGACAAGAGUGGUGAGGCGGCCAGAGGGAGAGCCAACAUUUCAUGUGUUCUAUCAGUUACUGGCAGGAAUGGAUUCUAAACUAAGGUCUGAAUUACAGUUGAACAAUCUAAAUGAUCCCAAUCUGUUCAUGACACCUCUACAAAAGACUGAGGACAAACAACGAGCCAUGCAAUACUGGGCAAAGAUCUACAGUGCAAUGGAUACUAUAGGAAUGAAUGAGGAUGAAAUCAAAUCUAUCUGUGCAGUUCUGGCUGCUAUAUAUCAUCUAGGUGUAGCUGGGGCUGUUAAAGGAAAUAACAACAAAGGUCAGUUUGCACGACCUGCAGGUGCUCAGCGUGCCGCCAGUCUCCUGGGUAUAUCUGUUGAGGAACUUGCAAGGAAUAUAUUCUCCUCCUCUGGUACCGCAACCCUAACAAGGAACACAUCCAUGCGCAACAGUCCAGCUAAGGACAGUGAGGCUCAUACCACAGCCAUGGAAGCCCUUGAGGGCUUUGUGGUUGGAUUGUACUCAGAUGUCUUUAAUGCAAUAGUCUCCAUGAUAAAUAGAUCUCUGUCCUCAAAUUACCGAUCCAUGGCAUCCGUCACAGUGCUCGACACUCCCGGCUUCCAGAAUCCUGCAACAUGCGGUCGACAGUCUGGUGCAAGUUUUGAAGAUCUCUGUCAUAACUACACUCAGGAGAAAUUACAACUUCUCUUCCAUGAUCUGGUGUUCACCACACCCCAGGACCGCUAUAGUCAGGAGAAUAUAGACUGUGAUUUUGAGUUUGUUACAACAUCUCCAGCAGCAAUGGUGUCACUGAUAGAAAAACCUCCUCAACAGACCCUGCAUUCAAAGCCACGACCUUCAAGUUAUCAUGAAAGCAAGGAGACCCUGCAUGUUAAUGAUCACUUUUCCAAACUUGGCCGGAACCAUGAUCAUGAAAACCAACUCAAGGUCAAAGGUCAAGGUCAUCAUGCUAAAGAAAAUAGAAGAAGUUGGUCUACGUCAAGUGAAAGUCAGCAAAAAGGGAAAACUCGAGGUCACUCUCCACAGAGAAGUCAUUCAACAUCUAGUGAACAUGGAUUCUCGUCCAAAAUUCCUGUGAAAGUGACCUCAAGUUUGAAAUCUUAUCAGCACCUGUGCCAGACUGGAAGUUACCAUAGUAACCAAGGUCAUCACCAUGGUGACCAUGAUGAGGUGCGAACGUCUACUCCAGAAGUGAGAGAGGCAGAGAAGAAAGGGUUGCUAUGGAUACUGGACGAGGAAGCCAUAUUCCCAGGGGCAACAGAAGACUCAUUCAUGGACAGGUUUUUCGGUUACCAUGGCGAACAUAAAGUGAAAAGAGACAGCCUGCUUCGAAAGGCAUCAUCUCUAGGGAACACGUUCAUCCUGAACCAUUUCCAGGGCACCAACCCAGUCCAGUACAAUGCUGAUGUUGAUUAAAGGUGUGCAGAGAACCCUAUUCCCAAAAUAGCAACACAAGUCUGCAGGUUCCAAAAACGGGCUAAUAUCAAGGAACUAUUCAACAGCGUUAAGGCACCUGUUGGAGGAAUGGUCAGUGGGUCUAUAGUAGGAAUGGAAGGUUCCACUUCACUACGAAGGGUGGGCAGCAUGAGAAGAACAUUCAUGUCUGGUACAGCUGGACUCAAGAAACGAUCCAUGUGCCUGCAAGUAAAAUUCCAAGUGGAUACUAUUAUUGAGACAUUGAGAAAAACCAAAUGUCAUUUUAUCCACUGCCUACUGCCUCAAGCUAAUGCUGGACUGUGCGAGCUGAGCCGCCCGACAGAUAUGGCACCUGAGAAACCCGACGAUAUACUAAUGAAUGUGACUCUAGUCCGAGCUCAGUACAGAGGCAACGAAAUCCUGGAGUCAGUCAGGAUUCAUAGACAAGGUUUCCCGGACCAUUUAACUUUCGGAGAGUUCAUACAGAAGUUUGAAGGUCUGGUUCCACCUAGUGCCAAACCCACCCCGGAUAUGAAUGAGAAAUCAUCUGUGAUACAAAUUGUGGAGAAUUUAGACAUAGACAAACUCAACUAUAGGAUUGGACUUAGUAAGGUGUUUUUCCGAGCUGGUGCAUUGAACCGACUGGAGUCAUCACGUGAUGACCGGGUGACAGGAAGGAUCACUGAAUUCCAAGCAUACUGCAGGGGUUACAUUGCUAGGAAAAGAUUGGCAAAAAUAAGAGUCCAGCACGUUGCAAUUAGCUGUAUACAGAAGAACGUUCGUAAGCAUUACCAGAUACGCGACUGGGCGUGGUGGAAGUUGUAUGUCAAGGUCAAACCACUGCUGAACGUCCACAGAACCGAGGAGGAAUUACAUGAAAAAGAGCUUGAGUUGGAACAGAUGAAGACGAAGUUAGACAGGAUUGAAAAAGAGAGAAAUGACUAUAAGCAACAGAUGGAUAAAUUGGAAAAUAGAGUGGUGGAGAUGCAAGCUGACCUUGCAGAGGAGAAUACAACUGCCACACAAGCCUCUGAGAUGCUGGAGACAGAGAGUGCAGAGAGAAUGAGGCUAGAGAAAGAACUCAAAGAAGUUCAGGGAAAAUAUAAUGCUUUAAAACGUAACCAUGACAAGUUGGAGAUGGAGAUGACACAGGUUCGGUUAUGGCAGGCGGAGACACUCGACGGAGACAUGGACGAAGAUGACGUUGAUGCUGAUAUUUACAAGGAGAGAUAUGAGCGGAUUCGAAAAGAACUGACAUUUACUCGGAAGAAGAUGGCACAGCAACAUGAGGAGGACCUAGAACAAGAACAUAAUUCAAAGAAAGCAGUUGAGAAAAGGUUGCAUGAGGCACUGGAGGACGUGGAGGAUUUACGACGUCAACUCACCUCCGCAAAAAAGAAGUCCACGAAGCUAAUGUCGGAGAUGCAGGACUCUAAACUACAUCUAGAGGAACAAAUGUCUCGAAAUAAUGAUCUCGAGCGAAAACAAAGAAGAUUCGAUACAGAGUUAAGUAAAAGUCAAGAUGAGGCACGUCAAGAGAAAACUCUGAAGGAAAAACUUCAAAGGGAACGAGAUACACUGGCAGCAGAUAAUUUCACACUUGAAAAGGAAGUGCAGAGAUUGAAGGGAGAUAUGGAGUCCCAAGAUGCCAAGUACGAACGUCUACAGAAAGAGCUUGGCGAUACUCUGACAUCAGCUGGACACAAGGAUGAACAUGACAUAUCAGUAUUGAAAAAGGCGAAGGCAGAUCUGGAGGCCAAGGUCAUUGAUCAAGAAGAGGAACUUGAUGAUCAGGCCGGACAGAUACAACAGCUAGAGCAGACCAAAGUUCGAUUAGAAAUGAACUUAGAAAAAAUGCGACAACAAAACAUGAAAGAUAUAGAAGAGAAAGAUCAGGAGAUGGAAGAUCUAAGAUACUCAACACAGAAAAAGUUAAAACAAAUGGAAGCUCAGAUGGAAGAGGAGUAUGAAGAGAGGAAGUUGAUGAUGACAAAGAACAGAGAUCUCGAGCAGAGGUUACAGGAUCUUCAGGGACAGGCAGCACAGAGAGAUAAAGGUGCUGAGAAAAGGUUACGUAAAGAUUUACGUAAAACAAAAGCUUUGCUCAAAGACGCGGAAACAGUAUUGCAUAAACAGAGAACAGGGGAGGGUUCAAAGGCACAAGUUAGACAACUCAGGAAUCAAUUGGAGGACCUGGAGUAUUCGGCAGCUAGUGCAAUAAAAGCCAAGAAAACCAUGGAACUGGAGCUGGCAGAUCUUCAACAACAGCUUGAUGAACUCUUCAAAUCUAAACAAGAGAUUGAGAACAAGAGUAUGACAUUAUUACGAGAGAAGACAGAGGUACAGUCACAGUUAGAGGAGAAUGAAGAAGAUAUGGCAGAUAUUUUGAAGAAAUACAAGGCAGUGGUACAACAACAGACUGUGGAUCAGAUCACUAUGAAUGAUCAACUUGCUCAGAUAGAGGAACUUACAUCAGAAAGAGAUAAACUCAGAUCUGAGGUGAGUGACUUAAAAACAAGAGUUCAGACCUUUGAAGACGGUAGUGUUGAUAAAACAGUGGUUCAGAGAUUAGAGAAUAAAAUACGAGAUCUCGAGGCAAGGCUUGAGCUAGAGACCACAAACAAACACAGAUUAGAGGUCCAAGUGAACAGGAUGAAGGAACAGGCAGACAAAGUGGCAGAAGAGAAGGACCAUUUGUCGUCUGCUAAAUCUCAGGCAGAAGAGAACAUCAAGAAGGUUCAGAGACAGUUACGAGAUUUGAGAGAGGAAUUCUCAGAUGUUCAAAAGAGAGAACUAGAAAUGGCACAUAAGUUUAAAGAAAAUGAAAACAAGGUGGCAGAACUAGAAGGAGAUUUCGAGCAGAAUCAGUCUGACCUGAAACUUGCUUUUAAGAGAAUAGCCGACCUUCAGGCUGCUCUGGAGGAAGGGCUUGAGAGUGACGAUGACUUCUCUGAUAGUGAUGUAGAUGACGAAGACGAUUCUGGGUCUGAUAUUGACACAUUUUUAGCCAAACAUAAACGCUCACCAUUGAUUGGACGAAGGAGAAGUCUUGACAGUGAUUCCCGUUCCAGGUUGACAUCAGCGUCAAGUUAUUUGACCGACACACCAUCUAGUCCGAGAUUAACAAAUAGCAUAGAACAUAGUGAUGCCUGACACUAGCUCCAUCUAGGACCAGUCUUCAUUUACCAAAAUCCGGGACAUGUGCAACAUACUAUAUACAGGAAUUCGAAAGAUGUUUACGCUAUGCCUGAACUUUGACCUUUUGAUUAUAGGAAAAGGUCACUGCACUGAACUUUGAACUUUUUAACAUAGGUCACUGCACUGAAUUUCGACCUUUUGAUCAUAGGGAAAAGGUCAUUGCACUGAACUUCGACCUUUUGAUGUAUAAAAAAAGUCACUGUGCUGAACUUUGACCUUUUGAAUGUAAAGGUCAUUGGAAUGUCAUUCUCAUCCAUCAGUGGCAGACAUAGUCUCGAGAAGAAGCUGUGAACCAGGAUAGACCUCUGCUAUGCAAGAAUGCAGCCAGACACUUGCUAAAGUGGACACUUAACUUCAAUAAUAGAUGAAUUUUAUAAUUCUGCAGAGUGUAUCAUAGAGCAGAGUGAUUUGUUUCAACUCUGAACAAAGGUCAAGUGCCAAAUUUAAAGGGUCAAGGUCGGAAUGUACAAUAUAAAUAUACUAGUAACUGUAUGAUAUGAGAGACUUUUUGACCUCAUUGUGGGAUGAAGUGAGACUAACCAAUUGUGAUAAUGUGAAAUGCGUAUAGUGAGAGGGUGAAAAAAGUGGAGGAUCCAACAGUUUCAAUAAUCAGUUACUUACGAUAUCUUUACCAGACGUAUAUAUGUAUCCAUUAAUACACAUUUAUGUUUUCUUAUAUAAAGGUAGUUCAAUUAAUCCCUGUAGAAGUGGGGACAGUAGAAAUGGGGACAACAAUCUGUUAACUAAGGUUUAAUAUUAAGUUGAGACAGCUGUUAGAUGAUGUAAUAAUUACAUCCAGUAUAUCCAAUACUAUACAGGGCUUAUUAAUGUUAAGUGGGCAGUAGGUUAAGGUUGUUGAAUUUGAACCACUUGUCCCUUAUCUGAGAUGGUUCGAGCCUUGGAUUGGUUGUUAUGAGGAAGCCAUCCAGCUAGCUGAUGGAAGGUUCAUGGCUCAACUAAGAUGUCCGAGUCACAGUCUGACAUGACCUGAAUUGUGUUGAGUGAUUAAAAAAACCAACAGAAUUGUUGAUGUCUGUAUAUAAGGGAUUGGAAACAGUAUUUUGACUUGCUGCGUAAUAUUUCAAAUUUGUAAUUGUACUUACUGGAAGCUAUAAAUUAAAUCUGCUUCAAAUAGGGAUAUUCCCCACUGAAUGAAAUAGAAAUUAUACAAGGACACUGAAAUAAAUAUUUAUUGUCUGCUUAUUUAAAGAUAGAAGCAUUUCUUCAUUCUUUUCUCUUAUUCUCAUAUAUUCAACUGAAUAGUUCCCUGUAUGUGCAGUUUAAAUUUUUUUUCUUUAAAGGGACAUGUCUUCAGAUUGAUGUCAACUUUUUGGAAACUUGAGAACAAUUUGUAGUCAAUUGCGGUAUGUAAAUGUGGUAAUCUGUACCGUAGUAUUUACAUUAAAUAAUCUAGAAAAAAAAUCUUGUGAUGUACAUUGUAGUUGAAUAUAUAUAAAAUUUGCUUACACCCACUUAGUCUUCAGGUAAAAACUGAGAAGAAAACUAUGAUUUACAAGAAAUCUUUUUAGUGUAUGUCAAAAUAAACCAAACUUGAAUCAUGUUCAUCACUUAUUUUCAGUUAUCUUAAGACAUUCUAUUUUGAAAGUUAAAUAUUUUGUUAUUCUGGAAUUAUGUCCCUUUAAAGUGGAGAAAACAUUUGAUGAAGUGUGACUGUACCACUGAUUUAUGUUAAGUGUGAGUGAAAACAGUGCUGUUGUAUAUACAUGUACAUUGUAUGGCAUAUUUAAACUUGAACUACUGUUUUAAUUAUAUUUAUGAAAUAUCCGAUUUAAAAAUGGAAUAAAGAAAAUUCUGUAAACUGAA